CGGGAGCGGCAGCGCAUAGAAGAGCUGCUGCAGCAAACCAUUUCGGAGUUGAAGGAAGCAAACACUUUUAAGGGUUUGCUGGAGGCCGUGGCCCAGGAGAAGCACGCGCAGGAGAGACUCAACGAGGCGCGGCGGCGGAACCGGGAAAUGCUGCAGGCUGUGCAUUUGCUGGAGACGGAGCUGCGGAAAGAAGAAACAGAAUUUGCUGCCAACUUCAAAGAGACUGGGCAGCUAGCUGCGAGCCUGAAGGGGCAGAUCCAAACCCUCGAGAAGCAGAGCAGCAGCAAAUUAGGGUUUAGGAAAAGGGCCCUUGCUGCGCAGCUCGAGGGCAGCAGCUGGCAGCAGCAGCUGCAGCAGCAGCAGCAGCAGCAGCAAAUCGAACGCGCCAGACAAACCAUCGAACAGGACCUCUUCGUCGCCGAAAAGUCCGCCGAAUUCGUCACCAACAGCAUCAUCCAACUGCAAGCUGCCUCCCGGCAGCAGCAAGAGCUGCGCCGCAGCGCAGCAGAAGACAGAGAAGCAGCAGCGCAGCAGCUAAGAAGGAGACAAAACCAACUUCAAAAAGAAACUGCAGAAGCAGCCUCCAAGGCAGAGAAAGAAGAGCGGCUUUGCCGUGCUGCUGCUGCUGCAGCUCAGAAGCAAAAGUGGAUUGAAGCAGCAAGGCAGCAGCAAAAAGAAAAAGAAGCAGCAGCAGCCUUGCUGCUGCAGCAGCACGUGGCAGCUUACCUCAACAAAGUCAGAGCAGCAGCAAACACCAAAAACAAGCACCGAAAAAAGGGCAAGAAGCAGCAGCAGCAGCUGCCGCAGCAACAGCAGCAGCGGCAGCUGCAGCAGCGGCAGCAGCAGCGGAA